AUGGAGAGUUUUGGAGACGACUCGCAAGAUGGGGGAGGGUACGAGAUGCCACCCCCCAUAUACCCGAAUUAUGGGGGCGCUGGCGGCAGCCCGUUCAAUGCGAAUCAGCCCGGGCAGGGGACUCAGGAUGAGGAAAGAGACGGCGAUCCGAAAAGGAGAAGGAUAGCAAGAGCUUGUGAUAUGUGCCGCAAGAAAAAGAUCAAAUGCGACGGCAAGAUGCCCAAAUGCUCCCACUGCAUCAACUAUAAGACGGAAUGUAUCUUUACACAGGUUGAAAAGAAGAGGAACCCUCCCAAAGGGGCCAAAUAUAUCGAAGGACUAGAAAACCGGAUGAGGCGGCUGGAAGGGUUAUUGAAGAUGGCAGGGAUAGCAGAUAACGAGAGUGAUAUUCCUUCCAUCGAGCGCCGUCUGCAACAGGCCCAGCAACAAUCUCAACACGGUGAUCUGAACACUUUCUCUGCUGCUGUCGCCGCCGCUCGUUCCUCUCUUGAAAAUCCACAAAAAUCGAGUACAGGCUCACUUCAUUCCACCCCACGAGACUCAAACUCGAGUUCUAGAGUAGCAGAGUCCCCUACCUCACAGGAGGACAAAGAACAUGAGGUUGAGGCAUUGUCGGAUAUGAUGUGCUCGCUUGUUACCACCAAUUGCGGAGAGACUAGAUAUAUCGGUUCUUCCUCUGGCUUUUCAAUCUUCUCGCCCCGCGGUAUUCAGUGGGUUAAUGAGAAGACUGGCGACACUUCAUUCCACGAUAUGAUCCAAGCCGCUUAUAUUGACGAUAACAAAUGGCUGUAUUGGAAACCCGAGAUUUUCAGUGACAUCUUUGCCAGACGAGUCUUCAAGCCAUUACCUCCAAAGGAAGAGGCCAUGUCACUCUUCCGAGACUUCUUCGAUAAUUUCAAUGCCAUACUACCUCUUUUUCACGAACCCACAUUCAUGCACCUAGUUGAACGACAGUACUCGCGAGAUCCUUAUGAAGGUUCGGGAUGGUGGGCUAGUAUCAACAUUGUUUUGGCGAUCGCACACAGACUUCGUGUCAUGAGCCAUCUUGUCCCUCAGGAAGAGGAUAAGAAGGCCUGGCUUUACCUGAAAAAUGCGAUGGGUGUCUUGACAGAGCUCACAAUGCGCAAUACAGACCUUUUAAGUGUUCAAGCACUUUUGGGAAUGUCGCUGUUCUUGCAAGGCACUCCCAACCCCCAACCAUCUUUCUUCUUGGUGGCAGCUGCCAUCAGACUUUCACACAGUAUCGGGUUACAUAAACGAGGUUCACUAUUCAACUUGAAUCCUGUUGAGGUGGAGCAGCGUAAAAGAGUCUUUUGGAUUGCUUACUUGUUAGACAAAGAUAUCUGCCUACGAUCCGGUAGACCCCCGGUACAGGACGAUGACGAUAUGAACGUCGAGCUUCCCAGUGAAAUCCCUCCCGAUAACGCUGGCCUUAUCCCCUUGAUAGGGGAAGGCACAGUUAAUAUGUUCAGAUUGAUGUGCAGAUUCGCCAUCAUUGAAAGCAGAGUUUACAAAAGGUUAUACUCCACCAAAGCCGCAAAACAGUCUGAUGGUGAGCUCUUAAACACCAUUGGUGAAUUAGACAGAGAGCUGGAAGAGUGGAAAGAUAGCAUACCGGUCGAUUACCGCCCAGAACACGAAAUCAAAGCAACACAUCCCCCUCUGAUUCUGCAUGUCAUGAUACUUCACUUUGCAUACUACAACUGCUUGACUACGAUACACCGAAUGGCAGUACACCACGGCUAUUGGACUAGUCGUCUGUCCAAUUAUGCCAUACAGGGCUUGUAUGCAAGACCGUUGAACCCGCGAGUCUUCUCUUCUGCCAAUAUCUGUGUCACCGCUGCAAGAGCAUCAAUAAACUUGAUAAAAUAUAUCCCUCAGGGCGAUUUUGCCUGCGUAUGGCUCGUCCUAUAUUACCCAGUCUCCGCUCUUGUCACCCUCUUUGCGAAUAUCCUACAAAACCCGCAGGACGCCCGUGUUCGCUCAGACAUCAAAUUAAUGAACAUUGUGGUUAAUUUUCUCUCUAUGCUGGGCACGGACGAGUCGAAUGGAAGUGUCAGACGGAUGCUAAGUGUUUGUGCGGAGUUUGAAAGAAUUGCCAAAGUAGUACUCGAUAAGGCAGAGAAAGAAGCGCUCUCAAAGCGAAAACGCAAAGCUUCUACAGAGGAUGUAGAUACCAACAAUACCCAGAGAGUCGACACAUCUAACAGACCGGCUGCUACUGCUGCGGACGCGGAGAAUCAUAUAGAUACCACUGCAUCAUCGCUCCGAGAACAGCAGCAACAACAAGCCACUCCGCCAGGCACACAACCCACAACCCAACCUCCUAUAGGGGUUGUAUCACCCAAUCCGAGCGAUAUGAUGUCCGGUACCUUUGGCGAUAUCUCAAGCGCAAAUAUGCCCAUGUUCAAUCCCGAAGUUUCUUUUGCAGAUGCGCCGAAUUUACAAACUACCACAGUACCGACAAUGGCCUCACCUUCUGAUACCCAGUUCUACCCUUUCCAGCAAUCAUUCGUGCCGCAGGAUCUGUGGCAGAUGCCGAUGGGACUGGAAUGGGACUGGGCGGAUUUUUCCAACGUGAAUCUACUGAAUAUGGAUCAACCUGAUAUGUUUCAGGCGACUAUGCACAAUGGGAUGUGAUUGGAUUCAUGACCUGAAACGACUCUUCUAGAAUGACCAGGAAGGAGUUUGGUGUUUGAGAAAAGAAGACGAUAUAUCGGAUAUUUGCUGUGCAUGUUUCCGAUCGUCUAGGGUUAGACUUAAUUCAUGUCUCAUGUUCUCGCUUCUGUACAUUACUUUUAUAUUUUCGAGGAACACUCUUAUGCGGAUGGAUGGAUACCUAGGUAAUAAUAUCCUGAUUUUUCUCCCCUCUUGA